CGCGGGGCGGCCUCGUUCUGGCGCACAGGUAGUGCUGCGAGCGAACGCCAUAUUGAGAGCGGAAGCGGCCGGCGGGCGGGCGAGCGAGGAGAGAAAGGGAGGGGAAGGGAAGGGAGGCGACGGCUGGAGAUCCGGCACCCGGGAGCGGAAACGCGCGGGGAGGGAGCCGAGGCCCAGCUAGGCCGCGGAGGCGUCGGAGAGCGCGGCCGGUGGCAGCUUUCGAGCCGCCUGCUAGCCGCUGCGCUGAGCUCGAUCCCCCCGUGCGCCGGGCCGCCGCCGCCGCUCUCCGGGAAGAUGCCGCUCGCCCAGCUGGUGGACCCCUGGCAGAAAAUGGCUGUGGAGAAGGAGAGCGAGUCAACAUCGUUUCCCCUAUGUAAACUUCUCCACAGCCAGAAACCAACUGAGAGCCCAAACAGGGGCACAACACUACGUGACUCCACCACUCGAUGUCAGGCUAGUAAUGCUAUACAACUUAACAGUUCUUCACAGUAUGAGCAAAUGGGAGAUGAGCCCAUGUCAGAAGAUGAAACAGUUCUUCAACCUCAAGAUGAAGAAAAUGAACAGGAGAUACCAAUUACGUGCCUUGUUAAAGAAGGCUGUGAAAAGGCUGACCCUUCACAGUUUGAGAUACUUAAAGUUUUGGGGCAAGGAUCCUUUGGAAAGGUGUUUCUGGUUAGAAAGACCCAAGGUUGUGAUGCUGGGCAACUUUAUGCUAUGAAGGUGCUUAAAAAAGCUACAUUAAAAGUAAGAGAUCGUGUUCGGACUAAAAUGGAACGUGACAUCUUGGUUGAAGUGAAUCAUCCAUUCAUUGUCAAGUUACACUAUGCUUUUCAGACCGAAGGGAAGCUUUACCUUCUAUUGGAUUUUCUCAGGGGAGGUGACUUGUUUACACGACUUUCCAAGGAGGUCAUGUUCACUGAGGAGGAUGUUAAGUUUUACCUGGCAGAGUUGGCACUUGCUUUAGAUCAUCUUCAUGGUCUGGGAAUUAUCUACAGAGAUCUAAAGCCAGAAAAUAUUUUGCUGGAUGAAGAGGGCCACAUUAAAUUGACAGAUUUUGGGUUGAGCAAAGAGUCUAUUGAUCAUGAGAAGAAAGCCUAUUCAUUCUGUGGUACUGUGGAGUACAUGGCACCCGAGGUGGUCAACCGACGGGGUCACACUCAGAGUGCUGACUGGUGGUCUUUUGGUGUUCUAAUGUUUGAAAUGCUUACAGGCACCCUGCCCUUCCAAGGGAAGGACAGAAAAGAAACCAUGACGAUGAUCCUGAAAGCAAAAUUGGGAAUGCCACAAUUUUUAAGCGCGGACUCCCAAAGCCUGUUGCGAAUGCUUUUCAAACGUAAUCCUGGAAAUAGACUAGGAGCAGGUCCAGAUGGUGUUGAAGAAAUUAAGAGACAUGGUUUCUUUUCCACUAUUGAUUGGAAUAAAUUGUGUAGAAGAGAAAUACAGCCACCUUUCAAACCUGCAAUUGGUCGGCCGGAGGAUACUUUCUAUUUUGAUCCAGAGUUUACAGCAAAAACACCAAAAGAUUCCCCUGGUAUUCCACCUAGUGCCAAUGCUCAUCAACUCUUUCGUGGAUUCAGUUUUGUGGCUAAUACCUCAGAGGAAGAACCCCAGCCCAUGCAAACAGCUACACAUCCAGUUAUACAGUUGCACAGAACCAGUAUUCAGUUUGCUGACAAUUAUGACUUGAAAGAGGACAUCGGUGUGGGUUCCUACUCAAUCUGCAAACGAUGUGUGAACCGAUCUACUAAUAUGGAUUAUGCUGUUAAGAUAAUUGAUAGAAGCAAAAGAGAUCCUUCUGAAGAGAUUGACAUUCUACUACGCUAUGGGCAACAUCCCAAUAUCAUUACCUUGAAAGAUGUUUAUCAUGAUGGAAAAUUUGUGUAUCUAGUGACAGAAUUAAUGAAAGGAGGAGAACUGCUGGACAAGAUUCUCAGGCAAAAGUUUUUCUCAGAACGUGAAGCUAAUGCUGUGUUGUAUACCAUAACGAAGACUAUGGAUUAUCUACAUGCCCAGGGGGUGGUGCACAGAGAUUUGAAACCGAGCAACAUCUUGUACGUGGAUGAGUCCGGCAAUCCAGAAUCAAUUCGCAUAUGUGACUUUGGGUUUGCCAAGCAGUUACGUGCUGACAAUGGCCUUCUCAUGACUCCAUGUUAUACAGCAAAUUUUGUUGCUCCUGAAGUCUUAAAGCGGCAAGGGUAUGAUGCAGCUUGUGAUAUCUGGAGUCUUGGUGUUCUUCUCUACACUAUGCUCACUGGUUACACCCCCUUUGCUAAUGGACCUGAUGACACGCCAGAAGAAAUAUUGGCAAGAAUAGGUAGUGGAAAGUUCAGCCUGACUGGAGGUUACUGGGAUACUGUUUCUGAUGUUGCUAAGGAUCUUGUAUCAAAGAUGCUUCAUGUGGAUCCACAACAAAGGUUGUCCACAGCCCAGAUCCUCCGGCACCCAUGGAUUAUUCAUCGAGAUCGACUUCCACAGUUUCACUUAAACCGACAGGAUGCACCUCAUCUAGUAAAGGGAGCCAUGGCUGCCACUUACUCUGCGUUGAACCGCACGCCGUUGCAGCCCAUUCUGGAACCAGUUGGCUGCUCAAACCUGGCUCAGCGAAGGGGUGUUAAGAAACUUACCUCAACUGCUCUUUAAAGUGACCUCUGCUGAAAACUAGACUCGCAGCAGCCUUGGACAUGUACCACAGAACAGUGUGAAAACUAUCCCAGUUACCUUUUAUAUGCAGCUUUUUGCCUUCUGCUAGUCCUGCUUUGAACAAUUGGAUACCAGGAUUUUGGGAAUUUCGAUCUUUGGAUGGAAUGUGAAGUGGAACCAUAAUUUGGAUCAAAGAUUAUUUAGAUUAAAAGCAUAGAAACUUGGCAUUGCAAUGAACACUGUAUUACUUGUAAAUUAGCAAUAGGAAAAGCACUCUGAAACAUACUGAAUUUUUACUGGGAAUGUACAAGUCCACCUGGAAUGUUUUUGUUGUAAUUGAUUUUUUUUUAAGUUGAGCACUUGAGUAAUUGUAUAUCCUAUACGUGUUAUCACUGUAAGCCUUGUGCCACUUUUGAAUGUCAUGACCUGGCAGUGACUGUAAUUGCAUUUUCUCUCAGAAUAGUCCUCCAGUAGUUUGAAUCAUCGGUUAUUUUCACACUAAUGUGAUCAGUAUUCCAUGGUUGAACUUUCUUUCGGGUACUGUUAAGUAGCUGAGGCACACUUCAUCCCUUUGCCUGCAUCUUGAGUUGAUUCCUAAACUACCCAAUGUGUUACUGUAAUCCAUGGAUCAUCCAGAAGGCAGCCAACCAACUAGAGCACGUAUUAUGAAAAUAUUUACUUUUGUGCGAAAGUAUGUUUAUAAACUAAUUUUUCAUUAUAUCUAGCUUAGCGUGUUGCGGUGAAGGGGAUGGCCAUAUUUUUGCUGCUUACUGUGCUGUUGAACAAAAUAGAUUGAAUUUCUCAAAUGGGUUCACAUAGGCACUUGAGUGACAGUCAGGGGAAAUAGAAAUCAGUUGAAGAUCUUUUGCUGUGUAUCCAUUAUGCCUUCAGCUCUUCCAUCCUUUAUGUAAUAGUUUCAAGAUAUUGUAGCCUUUAAUAGAUUCCUUAUAAUUGAUGGGAUGGGAUUGCAACAGAUUCAGAUAAUGCACAUUAAGUAUUGUCAUCCAGCUAUCAAAGCUUGAAGGGAAGUUGUAAAGAUGAUGUAAUUAUUUUGAAUUUCCAAAUCUACUUGGUGAGUUUUUAAAAAUGAAGCAGUAUCACAGAUGUAAUAUUUUUCUACACUUCUAUAAUAAUCAAGCUUUAUACUGGACUCCACAGCGUAGCGUAGCACUGAAGUGGACAAAUGAGGAUUUUUUUAUACUGUCUUUACCAAAGCAUGAAUUUGGUAGCUGUCUGGAGUCAGAUUCAGCUGACAUUUCCAGGCAAUGCUGCCAUUUUAACUGGAUUGACCAGAAUAGUCAAUGCUGAAUUGUGCCUCAUUCUGGUACAGCAUCAGAAUGUUUUAAUUUGAAUUUAAUGUUACCUAGGUCGAUUUGAGGUAUAACUGAAGUGGAAACAGAAUUUUUUUUAUCAUUACUCAUGCCAUGGGCUGGCAAUUUUUUUGUAAUCAUGCAGACAAACAAAUUUAUACAGAAUAAAUCUUCAAACAUUAAAAUU